UACUGCUUGGACAACACGUGGGGGUUGAGAUUGACUUUGUACUUGGACCCUUUUUACAAAAACGACCUUUACUGCCGCCUUGUCAUCAUCGUGGCGACAAUUCAAGGACCUUAAAAUUCUGUGUAGCUGCUAGUGUCCUGAGGAGAUGCCGCUGUUUCGCUCGAUUGUGCCCUACACACUGCCUGGAGUUCUUGCACUGAUCGGUUGGUGGUGGUACACCUCCCGUAAGAAAGAGCGUCUCAUCAGCUAUGGCGACCCAGAUGGAGGUCCAAAUAAUGCAACCCUGAGAUCGUCUUUAUCAGUGGGUAGCAAUGGUGUGGUUGAGAAAGAUGCUGUAUCCACUACAAAUAACACAGAACACCACCUCAUCUGCAGACAUCCAAAGGCCACUAGAAAAGAUGAGGAGCAGGAAAAUGUCUCCAAAAAUCAUGUUGAUGAUACAGAGACAGCAUCCUUAAUGGGACAGACUCUUAAAAGGGCAGCCGUUGAGACUUGUGGAAUAAAAGUGGAAGUAGAUAAAGCCACCGUCUCAACUUUGCCAUCAUUAAAGCGGGAUGAGAGUCUUAAUGUGUCACUCAAAGAACGUAGGGAUCUGAAAAAAAGCCCAGCAGACAUCGAUCUAAAGGCAGAACCAAUGUCUGCCUUGGAAGUCACUGUCAAAGAGAUUGUCUUGCCCUGCCAAUCCACCAAAGUUACCCACUCAUCCCCCACAUCAGUGUGCCUUUCUGAUGCAGAGCGCCCUGAGCCAGAGGGGGAAGUUGCAAAGAACCACAGCACUACAAUGAUACAGGAUGAUCGUUGUACAGUCAUCCCCGGGAAAUUGCAGAGAGUGGUCUCGUCACAGUUUGAGUCUCGAGAUGUAGCUUCACUGCAGGAUUUUAAUCAACACAUUCUAACCAGUACACCUAACACUCUGGUCCUCACUUCCAAAGACCAGAUUACAUCAUUGAUGCCACAGGAAAUCCAGGUUCACAGCAAUUAUGGAGAAGAGCAAGAUCUGGAAGUUCUGGCAGCUGGACUCAUAACUGAGGUCAUCUCGUCAGCCACCCAGCGGGUCCUUGGUGGCACCAGCUGCCCGGUUUCUGACAGAAGGCAGCAGUGUCACAACCCUCGAUUGUCAAACCACUAUCAAACAGGCUGUGAUGUAACCCAGAACAAAGAGCAAGUGAUGCCCAAUAGGUCUUUUACCGCAUCGGUAUGGGAGUCUCCAGAGGUUAAUGAAUUAGUACAUCAGAUAAACAACACACAAAAAGAGCCAAUGCCAAAACUGUCUCAGCAAGUAGCAGACAGUGCACCUCUACUAAACAAACUGAAAGGUGAUGAACCAGCAACGCAGGCUGAGGACUCUGCUUGCAGCACCUGCCACUCUGAGGAUGGCGUCAGCAACGAGAACCAUCAAAAUAGUCUGUUAGACAGCAAAAUGGAUGUCUUCCAGAUAACAGACUUGUCAGAAAAAGAAGCAAAACAACCCCAAUCGCUGAUUGAGACACCCACAGACGAAAUUAUUUUUUCUUUGGCGGAAGAAAACUCAGUGGAUGCUGUGUGUGGUGUAAAGGUGCUCGAUGGAAUGGACCUAAGGAAUGGACCUCAGGGAUGUGAAGUGGAAACAGACCAGUCUGGAGGCUCUGAUGUGAACAGUAUGGACUCAGUGGACAGUGGCUGCACUAUGGGCACUAGAGAAAGUCAUAGCAACCAUGCGUCCUCCUCAAGCUCGGAGCUUGUCAUCUGGGAGAUUGAAGUGCCAAAGCUUCUUGUUGGGCGAUUAAUUGGAAAGCAAGGAAGAUACGUGAGUUUUCUGAAGCAGACCUCUGGUGCAAAGAUAUAUAUCUCAACCCUGCCCUACACACAGGAGUUCCAAAUUUGUCACAUAGAAGGUAUGCAACAACAAGUUGACAAAGCCCUGUCUCUGAUUGGAAAGAAGUUUAAAGAUAUGGAUUUGACCAACCUUUAUGCACCUCCGCCACCCCCCCUCACAUUGCCAUCACUCCCCAUGACGUCAUGGCUUCUUCUGCCCAGCGGUGUGACGGUUGAAGUGAUUGUGGUCAAUAUUGUAUCAGCCGGGCACGUUUUUGUGCAGCAGCACACCCAUCCUACUUACCAUGCCCUAAGAAGCCUUGACCAGCAGAUGUUCUUGUGCUACUCCCAGCCAGGCGCCCCCACCCUUCCUUCCCCAGCUGAAGUUGGUGUGAUAUGUGCUGCUCCAGCAUUGGAAGGAGCCUGGUGGAGAGCUCAGGUCAUCACCUUCUACAAAGAAUCGAAUGAAGUGGCAAUAAGAUAUGUUGAUUAUGGCGGCUAUGACAGAGUCAAGAUCGACUCACUGCGGCAAAUAAGGUCUGAUUUUGUAACACUACCGUUUCAAGGGGCUGAAGUAUUACUUGACAACAUCGCUCCCCUCCCAGGAGAGGAUCGUUUUUCAUCCGAGGCCACGUCAGCAUUAGACGAGAUGACAAGAGGAGUUGCAUUGCUUGCACAAGUUUCAAACUAUGAUAAUAAUACAGGCCUCCCACUGGUUCAUCUUUGGAACAUGGUGGGAGAAGAGGUCAUUUCAAUAAACCGCACGCUGGCAGAGAGGGGCUUGGGUGUAUGGGUGGAUGGAUUUUGAACGAUCACUGUUUAAAGACACAUCACUGGGUGGUUUUUUUUGUUGUUGUUGUUGUCUUUUUGUUCCUCUUUUCCUUGAAAAAAGACAUUAAAAAUAAUUUUCAGGCAUAGUCUUUGAGAACAGCACUGCUUCAAAAUAAGACUUUUUCUUGGUUUUGUUGUGAAAUAAAGAUCCCAAAUGAAAGGAAGCGCUACAUGUAAAUGAACCAAAAGGGUUUAUAUUGUAAUUUAAAUAAAGGUUCAACCAAUAUAUUUUUCUUCCCCAACCUUACUUUUGCGCUGGGUUUUGGGCAUCAUCUUUCAAGCAUCAUGUUGUGUGAUGAGGCCAAUGUCAGAAUACGUAGGCACUUGUUAAUUACCAAUUCAAUGACAACCAUAGCUCAGUAAAUUUCCAUUGUUUGCAUAAAUGUUUUUUUUCUCUGGUCAAACUCUGUUGGGAAAGUAAUGUUUCAAUGCUGCAAGGCUGAGUCGAUAUUAAGCAGUCAAAGCGUGGAAAUGGUCACCCGGCUGUGCUAUAGCUGUUCUCAAAAUGCUGUUCUCUAUGAAUUUGAGAUCCAGCCUCUCAGCAGACUAUCAAAGAUGCUUUUUGACUCAAAUUAUGCUUCCCCACUUUUCUCUCACAGUACCACGAAAGCGCAAGUAUUGUAUUCAUAAAAAUAGAAAGUCGAUGAGUUCAUGUUUCUAAAUUGAGUUCUUUUGAGAAGUGUGUGCUUUUUUUUUUUGUUUGAGGUGUCAGAGUAUUCCAAAAAUUGUAAGAACAUUUAAGUCCUCAAGAUGACAAAAUAAAUAUAUAAACCCUAAGGGAAAAGAUGCUCCGAGACGUACACUACAUACUGACAUUGUAUGGUUCAUUAUUCAAUAUAAUAGGAGAUUGGAGACCACUACGUGAGUCUUGUACUGUGUGGCUUUUUACUCGACAAUAACUAAACUUGCUUAGUUUAAAAUCCAGGACCUCAUCAUAUACCAGCUGCACUACAGUUCGUAACUGUCUUGAGACCUGUACCAACUGAAUGCAAGAUUUACAGAUGUAUCCUCUGUGGUUGACAGGGUUAAUUGGAUACAAAUGAGGUUUCCAUUUUCUGCAUGCAUAUUGCUUUUGUUUUUCAAUCAGAAAGCGCAACCAAGUGAUGACACAAAUAAAAAGCAAACGAGUCCAGCGUCCUUUUUGGGAGGAGGGGGGGAUUGAAAAUUCAGAUCAGAACCUGUUAUGUUUAAACCGGGGGCUCCGUGUACAUUAUAAAUGAGUGGGCUACUUAAAACACAGACUUCAACAUUUGAUGAUUUUUAUUUUUUUAAAGCUUUUGUAAAACAAAAGAAAUACCUUUUUGGUUGAGGAACAUAAUGGGUCAUAAAUCUGCAAAACCCAGGUGGGUGCUUGGAAUCUGUGUUCCUGAAGGCAGCUUCUGGCGGGUUUGAGUGUAAAUUGGCUUUAAAAAAAUAAAAUAAAAAAUUUUCCCAGGAGCCUGUCGUCUCUUAUCUGUACCCCCAAUUAUAUAGUAAAUACUGUAGAUCUCCUUUAAUGAAAAUGAAUGAACUUCCACGACACCUAAAUAGUUACUUUGGUUCUAUGUAAAUAAGAUAUGACUGUAUUUUCUGUAACACUGACAAAGAGUUGAAUUUAAAGGGAAUGAUGGGUAUUUAUUGCUAUUAUUUGGUGUGUUCUAGUUCAUCUUGCCUCAACCUUUCACUCGCCCCUAUUGUUGGUUUUUUGUUUUUUUUAAUUGUGGGACUGUUUUUUGUUUGAUUUUGCAUAGCUAGACAAGUCGUCAUUGGGUUAUUUGAAAAUACUGUGCCUAGAAGAUUUAACAUGUACAGAAGAACAUUUUUACAAGGCUCAUCUUUAUUUUGAUUGUACAGAUCUAUUGGGGUGGGGCAACAAAAUAAUAAAAGACUGUUUAAAGUG